CGUCGCACCAAUGCCUGGUACCCGGCAGAUUCUGGGACACAAAGACGGAGCUGUGGUGGCCAAUCCUUUUUUAGUACUUAGAUACUCAACCAGAUUACGGUUUCCGUCACAAUGAAAAUUCCCAUAGUUGUUUGCACAUAUAAUAAGUUGGUUUCCCCGCAAAAAAAAAAUUUACAUAUAAAAAACCCCACAACUCACUUUUUUUUGACCUGGCACAAAGCUUUGAUGGUUACUGCACACAAGAAAUCCGGGGAUAUUGAUUAUUCCGUCGUUGAUCCAAAUAACAAAUGGAAAAUCCUAAGGCAUCACUGGAGAUAUGCCUUAUGGGCUCUUUGGACAGCCAUGGGUUCCAUGAUGCAAGGCUUUGACUACACCGUGGGUGGUCAACUAUUGGCCAUGCCAGCUUUCAAGCAGCAAUUUGGUACGCUGGUUGACGGAGAUUACAUCAUCAGAGCAUCUAUCAUCUCCGCAUGGUCUGUGUUAGGUUUGGGCCUUGACCUUAUUACUGCUAUUAUCAUCACCCCUAUCAUCGACCGUUGGGGCCGCAAGCCUUUCAUUGCCGUGGCUGCUCUCAUCUCCACUGGUGCUGUUAUCAUUCAACAAUUAUCUACGGAAUGGAGGCUCCAAUUAGUUGGUCGUGGUCUCAACGGUGUUGCCAUCGGUAUCAUGUUCACCAUUUCUCCACUCUGGAUUGGAGAGACCUGUCGACCGGAACUUCGAGGAUUUUUCCUUUGCUGUUUCAAUUCAAGUAUCGUCCUGGGACAGUUUCUAAUGGUUGUCAUCAGUGAAGGCUCCAGUCACAUCAACGGAAAAUGGAGCUACCUUACGCCUUUUGUCACAGAAUAUUUCUUUCCGGCAUUGUACCUGGCAUUUUUUAUUUGGUUUCCUGAAUCCCCCUAUUGGCUGGUCAAGAUGGGAGAUAACGAGAAGGCCUUGAGAUCAUUGCAUAGAAUGUACGGUAUUGAUGAUGAUGAAUUCUAUCAAUUCGAGCUCAAACGUCUGCAGGCGGAUGUGGUGUCUUCCGAUGAAACCCAAGGAUCCUCUUCAAAGAACGCCACUUCCAUUUGGUCGCAAACAGCCAUGCUUGAGUGCUUCAAGGGCAAGAACUUGAAGCGAACGAUGACUUCUAUUGUCGUCACUAGUACCCAACAACUUGUUGGUGCAUCCUUCGUCACAGGCUAUGUCACGUACUUCUUGCAACUCAUCGGCAUCAGCCAGUCCUUCCUGGUCUCGGUGGUCCUCUUUGUUUUCAUGCUGAUGUCCACACUUGCCUCAUUCCCGCUUGUAGAAAUUGUUGGAAGACGAACCAUGAUUGUCCCUGCUGUUUUUGUCUUGGCACUUAUCAAUUUGCUCAUUGGAAUAAUGGGAUGCAUCAGCAACACUGUAGCUGCAGGAUGGGCUAUCCUUGUUCUCAUUUUCCUUUGGGCCAUCAUCUACCAGUGCUCCAUUGGGGCCGUUGGUUUCGUACUUGCAUCCGAAAUUGCUACGUUACAUCUUCGUGCUGCCACUCAAGGUCUUGUCACCGUCAGCAACUGCGUUUGGGGUCUGGUUUUCCAGUUCACCGUCCCAUACAUGAUUAAUCCGGACGCCGGCAAUCUUGGAGGCAAAACAGGAUUUAUCUUCUUCGGAUGUGCUCUUCUUGCCAGUAUCGCAUGCUAUUUCCUCGUUCCAGAAACAAAAGGAAUGUCAUUCGAGAUGCUGGACGACCUGUAUGCCAACAAUGUCAAGCCCUGGAACUUUAAAAAGGUUGCGGCUGAAAAAAGUGCGCUACGCAACGAUACCGAGAGCCAGAGCAGAGGUUCCUUAUGUCGUGACACUGGCCUUGGAAAGGUGGAAGUGCAAGAGAUUGAGAUGAAGUCUCCAAGCGUCGAUGAAAAACCAUCGAACUAGUAUAAGUAAUAACCCUCAGUCAAGAAGUGGUUUACGUGGAGAAAACCAGUCCAUGCCAGUGAUUUUUUGACAUUCCUUGCUACAAGGCAAUGUGAUGGCCAUGUCAAUUCUUGAAAUAAAUG